AUGUCUUCCAUGUCUUCCGAACAGCCGCCUGAGCCGGUCGGCUCCAACCCUGACCCCGAUAAUGUCGACAAGACCGCCUCGACACCGCAGGUGGACACCGGCAGCAUGUCGCUUGACCAGUCUGUGCGUACGUUCAGGCUCUUUGAGAUCCUGCGGAGUGGCGACACAACGGCGAUAUCGAAAGCGAUCAAGGAGACAGCAGACGCCCAGGGCGCGAACGGUCUUUCCGGCACUACGAUACUCCAUCUCGCAAUCCAGUGUGCUGAGCCGCAGGUUGUUGAAUAUAUUCUGUCCUCCGGAAAUGAUCUCGAUAUCAACGCGCGUGAUCGCGAAGGAAACACACCCCUCCAUCUGGCUGCACAGCUAGGUCGAGGCCCGUUGGUGCGGGAGUUGCUCAAUCGCCCUGGUGUGAAUGAUUCGGUCGUCAAUUAUCGGGGCCAGACCGCUCUGGAUGUUGCGCGCAACCCCGACAUCUUCCAGCAACUUCAGCUCGCUCGGUCCCUGUUUAUCGACCAGAAAACACAAGAGAUCCAGUCCCUUAUCGCCCAAGGAAACUACGAGAGUCUGGAGAGGCUCCUAGAGGAGCCGCGUGUGGAGGGGCUUCUGGAUGUCAACAGUCUGGACUUGGUCACUGACCCUGCGACCCUUCAGUCGGGCGGUACUCUGUUGCAUGAAGGAGCUCGGAAGAAAGAUACGAAACUCCUUCAGAUUCUACUGAUGCACGGAGCCGAUCCUUUCCGCCGCGACAAGAAGGGAAAGCUGCCGCAGGAUGUUACCAAAGAUGAUAAAACACGUGCGAUUGUCAAGAAGUCUCCUGCUGCUGUUAUCGCCCAGCGUGGCAUCCAAGAGAAAGCUAUCCUUGGCACCAACGCCGCACAAGGCGUCUCUGGCCGACCGGGAGCAGGUGAAACGUCGUUUGCGGGCAAAGACUCUCGUGAAAUGCGAGGCUACUUGAAGAAAUGGACAAACUAUACAAGCGGUUAUAAACUCCGGUGGUUUGUUCUCGAAGACGGAGUUCUCAGCUACUAUAAACAUCAAGAUGAUGCGGACUCGGCGUGCCGUGGUGCGAUCAACAUGAAGAUUGCUCGACUCAAUAUGGACCCCCAGGACAAGACCCGGUUCGAGAUCCAAGGAAAAUCAUCCGUUAAAUAUCACCUCAAAGCCAACCACGUUGUGGAGGCGAAACGUUGGUUCUGGACUCUCAACAACGCUAUCCAGUGGGCAAAGGACGAGGCAAAGGAGGAAGAAAAGCGCCAGACAAGGAAUGCCGAAGUCCUUCGACAGGCAAAGAUUGAACAGAUUGAGGGACGGACUUGCGAGAGCCCCUCUGAUUCCCCUAGCCUUUCUGCGACCAGGUCAAAUGGAAAAGGCCUCGCACCACCAUCUCUGGGAGUGCCCAGUAGUAGUGGCGCGCGGCUUAGUACGUAUACGUCUCGUACUACCUUGGAAAGUGGUACUGCAGAUGAUGAGGAAGGUUCGUUUGGACCUUAUGAUCAAGGCCCUCCAUCAAAUGAAGUGAACCGCGUGCCCAGUCAUGUCACUACGGCGCCUGACUUUGAGGGCGACGACGAAGACUACGGUGAUGAUGCCUCUAGCCGUGACGUGCCACCGGCCGAUAAGGAUGCCCUCAACAUCACCGCCCAAUCCGCCAAACUUCAACUUGAUAUACUCUCCAGCGUUGCUGCCUCUCUUCAGGCUGAGAAAUCGAAAGAUCCAAGCACCUCUCUCUCCGAGCCCGCUGUCGACCAAGCGUUGGCUGCUUAUGAGGCCGCCGUCAGUAGCCUGAAGGGUCUCGUGCAAAAUCUCCUCAAGAUUUCGCGGGACCGCGAUUCCUACUGGCAGUACCGGCUGAACAGAGAGGCCUUCCUCCGCAAGAUGUGGGAGGAAAGCAUGGCUCGGGUUGCCCAGGAACACGAAGAGCUGCAAUCCAAGAUGGGCGAGUCUGAAGAAAAGCGCCGUCGUACAAAGCGGGCCCUCAAAGAAGCUUUGGAGAACUCGUCCGCGAAUGCUUCUGCCCCUAUCAGCACGGCCCCAUCCCGGGUGCAUGUACCCGGUGAAGAGACGGGCGAGGCAGAGGCAGAGGAGACACCGAAGAUCCCAGAUGCGUCGACCGAUACCCAACAACGUGCGGAUGAAGAGAACAUCCGGCCGCUUCAACGAAAGAAGUCGACUCUGUCGCAGAUCAGCAGUCUGUAUGAUUCGGAGUCCGAUGAAGACGAUGAGUUCUUUGACGCGAUUGAUUCUGGCGAGAUUCACGCGGAGACUCUUGCCAGCAAAGAAGCUCAUGCCGAGGAGGAAGCUCCGGAGGAAGAGGGCAGUGAACUGCGUGUUGUCAAACGCUCUGAAAUAGCCCCAUCGUUCAAGGGAUACGAAGAUCCUGUCAGAGAGAGACUCAAAAUGGACUACGAUAAUCGGCCGAAGAUCUCACUAUGGGGCAUCUUGAAAUCUAUGAUCGGCAAGGAUAUGACCAAGAUGACUCUGCCUGUCUCGUUUAAUGAGCCGACUUCCCUGCUUCAACGUGUGGCAGAGGACUUGGAAUACGCGGACCUUCUCGACAUCGCCGCUGAUCGUACCGAUUCUAUGGAGCGUCUCGUGUACGUUGCUGCAUACGCAGCUAGUGAGUAUGCCUCCACGAUUGGACGUGUGGCGAAGCCUUUCAACCCCCUUCUGGGCGAAACCUUCGAGUAUGCCCGACCUGACAAGGGUUAUCGCUUCUUCAUCGAGCAAGUCAGCCAUCACCCGCCGAUUGGUGCAGCAUGGGCUGAAUCACCCAAGUGGGAUUACUGGGGUGAGUCCGCUCUGAAAUCCAAGUUCUACGGUAAAUCGUUCGAUAUCAACCUUCUCGGAACGUGGUUCCUGAAGCUGCGACCUACUUCUGGGGGUGAGGAACUGUACACUUGGAAGAAAGUCACGUCGUCUGUCAUUGGUAUCAUCACUGGAAACCCCACAGUGGACAACUACGGCCUGAUGGAAAUCAAGAAUUGGACCACCGGCGAGGUCUGCUAUCUGGACUUCAAGCCCCGAGGCUGGAAGGCUUCUUCUGCGUAUCAGGUGACCGGUAAGGUUGUGGACCGCGACGGAUCGCCAAAAUGGAGCAUGGGUGGGCGUUGGAAUGACAAGAUCUAUGCCCGCCAUACACCCGGUUUUGAAGCGCAAGUGUCUGGCCAGGAUCCCGAGUCAGCCAAGACGUUCCUGGUCUGGCAAAGCCAUCCCCGGCCCAGCGGCGUGCCCUUCAACCUGACUCCCUUCGUCAUCACAUUGAAUGCGCUCCCGGAUAACCUGAAGCCGUAUCUGCCUCCUACGGACACCCGACUCCGGCCUGAUCAACGUGCGAUGGAAGAGGGUGAAUAUGACCUCGCUGCCACGGAAAAACACCGGGUGGAGGAGAAACAGCGAGCCAAGCGUCAUUGGAUGCGUUUUGCCUUAUUCUACAAGCCACAUGGACUGUUUCAUUCUUAUCGUGAAUGCUCAGAAGAUUAUAUACUUCCUCAUUUCCUCAGUAGUGGAUGUAGUCACAGUAUGGAAAAGAGUAAACCACCAAGACCGGAUCACGUGCCGCGGGAUCGUCGAAAAAAGAGACGACCUUCCGCAGCUUUACCGGUCCCAGUGUGCAUCCCCAGCUUCGCCCAAACCGUCAAGAUGAGAGGCGAGUAUACUUGUGGGCGUUGCCUGCAGGUGCUUCAGCGCCGGAUUACCACCCAUAACUCCACAAUCCGCCUGCAGAAUGUCGCCAAUUCGAGACUGACCGUCGGCCGUCCUGCGGCGUUCAUGCGAAGCUUCAGCUCGCACAGCGAAAGAUGCCUCCCCUCGAAGAACCUCCAAGGCCAGAUCAAGCGGACAUCUACCCCAUCAUCAGCGGUGACGCCCUCUGGUACGACUCGGCCGGUACAGCCUCUCAUCCAGAAGGCCACGUCUGCGACAUCGAGCCCGGCUCCGGACGCCCGGGUUCUGCUGAAACGCAACAACCUCUUCCACCCCUUCUCCGAGUCGCCGGCCCCCGCGAUCCGCCAGCGCGCUGCGUUCAUCAAGCAGAAUGCGUUCUGCCCGCACCCCAGCCAUCAGCAGACGCGUGCGCCCGUCUCGCCCCACGAUCCGGAGUCGCGGAAGAGCGCACAAGACGCGAGCCUGCCGCCUGCCCAUUCGCAUUUCGAGUGCCCCGACUGCGGCGUGCCGAUCUACUGCUCGGAGGGACACUGGAUGGAUGACUUUGAGGCGCAUCUGGAGAUCUGCGAGACGAUCCGCCAGAUCAACGAGGACGACCAUGACCUGCACUCGGGACGGUUUUUCCCCGAGUUCAACUAUCCCGGUCUGCAGGAUGAUAACUUUGUCAUCAACAUGACGAACUGGGAUACGUUUCUCUAUACCCGCGAGUUUGACGCGAUCAACGAUGAUCGUAGCAUGAGACAGGUGACGCGUAUGCUGACGUAUCCCAUGACUAUUGGGAGCGUCCUGCAUGAGCUGAGUCCGUAUAGCGUUCGGAAAAACGGGCGUCUUACGACCGAGGGAUUGAAGAGUGUCAGCGCGCUUCGGUAUACCCUGCACCCCCCCAAGACCGGCGAAGGCGUCGAUAUUGAAGGCCUGCGCUUGAAGGCUCCCCCGGUCCGCAUUUUCAUCUUGGGCGCGCGUGCCGAGUCAUCACUGCCCCGUGACGUCUGGCUCCAGCUCAGCUACAUCUUCCCGCGAUCCCUCAUUCAUCUGAUCUUCAUCGGGCCCGAGAGUAUGGCCAACCGGGAUGCGGAAUUCCCGCUCCCGGAGCGCACCCCGGAGAAUCCCUUCGGGGGGAUCGUCGAGGAUCGCCUGGGCGGACAGAUGAAGAUCACGACCUACGUUGAUUACUUCCACACCAUGUACAAGGCGCAGUACUUCCAGCCGUUCGAUCCGUACCUGGACUGCUUCAUGCUCUUCCACCCUGGUCUCGGACAUCCGGCCAGUUCCCACGAGUGGGAGGAGACCCUUCCGCAGCUUCUGGAGACCAAGGUGCCGAUCAUCACGACUGGCUACACUCAAUGGGACAUGGAACGGGACAUCAACUGGGUGCGGGAGAAGUGCGCGGGGGAAUUUGAUAUUCUGCUCGAGCCGGGCGAGAAUAUCUUCCGCAGUCUCCGUUGGGACCUGAACGAUCUCGACCCUCAUGAUGUUUCCUGUGGUAACUGGGGGAUCUGGGCAUUCCGCGGAAAGAGGUACGAGGCAACGUUCAAGGAGUAG